AGCCAGCAACACUGGUAAUCAAAAAUGGCAGCAGUGGCGCGAAUUCCGCGAAUGAGCGCAUGAACCCUUUCUAGCCUCUGUAGCAUGAUCGCAUUGUAGCGCUCGCGGCAUCACUAUCCGCUAAUUUCCAGUCCAAGUUGUAAUCGUGUUCCUAGUUAUAUUGUUCAUAUCGAAUCCGCAACUCCAUGAAGAUGCCCAUGGCCGUCGAUGGCAAACUCACAGAGGUCCAGUUUACGCGACCAAGCUGCGACUACCUAGAUCGCAGCGACAACUUCCUGCUCAACGAUCGGACCUUCAACCGACAGUACGCUUCCUUCUACUGUGCGCGCUACAAAUCCAUGCUGCCUGUUCUGAGACAACGCGCCGAGCAAAAGUGGGGAAAACAGAAGGUCCAAGUGACGAGCCUGGGUGACCUCGUGGAAGACAAGAGAUCCGUCGUGGUGGGCACGCUGUUCAAGGUCAUGGAGCUCCAACCGAGCAUCCUCAAAGAGAUCAGCGAAGAGCAUCACGUGGCCCCUCAGCCGCGGCGAACUCACCUGACGGACAACUCGGACUCUCUGGUCCUAGAGGACGACCGACAGCGCCUUCCCCUCUCCGGAAACAUCGACGUUGCGGCCCAUGUGACGGGCAUUCCGGUCGCCGUUCUGGGUCGGGUCGGAGACGACGGCCGCUUUGCUGUGGAGGACAUCUGCUAUGCUGGUCUUCUCAAGCAGGUGCCUCGGCCGUCGUUGGAGGCCGACAAGUACCUGGUGCUGGUGUCGGGUGUGGGGCUGGUGGAAGGCGCCGACGACCUGCUUCAGCUGCAGCUGCUCGUGGACUACCUGUCGGGUUUCCUCGGGUGCGAUGCCGACCAGGAGCGUGCGUCCCGCGUCGUCAGGGUGGUGCUCGCCGGAAACACCCUUCGCCAGACGGUGUCCACCAAGGACCUGGCCCGGGCCAGAUUCUCAAUGCGAAAGGAGUCAUCUGCCGACAGCGCGGCAACUCGUCUGCUCGACGCUUUCCUGUUGCAGCUGGCGCGGUCGGUGCACGUGGACGUGAUGCCCGGUGAAGCAGACCCCUCGGGGGCCCUCCUGCCCCAGCAGCCCCUGCACCAGUGCCUGUUUCCCGAGGCGUCCCAGCGCGGGACGCUGCGCUGCGUCACCAACCCGUACCAGUUCGACCUGGACAAGGGCAUCAGGGUCUUGGGGACCUCGGGUCAGACUGUGUCAGACGUGAGGCGUUUCAGCAACAUAGACGACCCCCUGGACGUGCUGGAGAAGACGCUUCAAUGGCGGCACAUGGCACCCACUGCACCCGACACCCUAUCAUGCUACCCCUUCCUAGACAAGGACCCGUUCAUCGUCGACGCCUGUCCGCACCUCUACUUUGUCGGGAACCAGGACAGCUAUGCCACCAGGAUGUUCAAAGGGAGCGAGGGACAAGUGGUUCGUCUGGUGUCAGUGCCGACCUUCUGCACGACCUCCACGUGCGUCUGGGUCAACCUGAGGACGCUCGACUGCGAGCCGAUGACCUUUGACGUUGCCAGUUGAACCUGCUCCCCCCUCUAAAUCGUGCCACACUUCGAAUGUAUUUACAACUUAAAUAAUCAAUAAAGAAAAAGAUUCCUAUUGA